AUGAUUUCUUAAAAAGCCUAAGUUCUCUUAUCUCUUUCAAACAAAAUCUUAUAUAAAAACUCAAGUACACAUCUUGUCACUAAAACUUUGUUUGAAAAAAAACCUGCAAAGCUUUUUAGUUUAUAUUAGAAGUCACCUAAGCCUGAUGUUCACAAUAAUUUAGUAGUUUUGCAUGGACUAUUUGGAUCUCAUACUAACUUCAGAAGCGUGACUUUAAAUCCUUUAAUUAGCAACUAAGCCAACACUUAUUUGUUGGACUUAAGAAAUCAUGGUCUUAGCGAACAUACAGACUCUAUGUCUUUACAAGAUAUGGGCGCCGAUUUAGUCAAUUUCUUAGAAUAAAAUAAUAUUAGAAAUGCAAUUUUGAUGGGACACUCAAUGGGUGGAAGAGCUAUCAUGAGCGCUAUGUAAUAUUAUGGAAGCUCGCUAGACCCCUACGUAAAAGCAGCAAUUAUAUGCGAUAUAGCUCCAGGUAAUCUUGUAUAAGCUCGUACAGCUGACUUAAUGGAAAUGUGGGUUAUGAUUCAUAAGCUUUUAGACAUUGAUUUUCAUGGUAAAGAGAGAACUAAAAUAGAUAAAGAAGUAAGAGCUAUUAUUCCUAAUCCUUAAGUUGCUGGUUUUAUGAUGAUGAAUGUUAUUCCAGAUGAAGAAAAUCCUGGAUAAUACAAAUGGAGAGUUAAUCUGAAAGCCAUUCGUGAUUAUUAUAAGCAAAAUUUAGGAACAGAAAUUAAAGAUGCAAACUUUUUAAAACCUUCAUUUGUUAUCUGUGGUGCAAGAAGCCACUAUAUAAAUUAAUCAAAGAUUACAGAAUUUGGAAAUGUUUUUCCUAAUAUAGAUUACGAUAGAGAUGUUUACUUUAUAAAAGGAGCUGGUCACUGGCUUCAUGCAGAUAAACCAGUUGAAUUUGUAGAAAAAGUAUCUGAAUUCUUAACUCGUGUCAAUUGA